CUGGCGCUUUGGAAAUUUCUCGACUCGGACACGUUUCUACUUGCCGGUUGUAUUUGUCCCAAUUCCUUGCCUUUCUUUCACAGUUUCGAUAUUAAAACACGUCCUGUUGAUAAUUUGCCAAGAUCAAGAUGGAUUCAGAGGAGAUAAUGAAACUAAAGACAUUUGUUGGUCUUUGCAAGGCUAACCCAGCAAUACUGCAUGCACCCCAGUUUGCAUUCUUCAAGGAAUAUCUUGACAGCCUUGGAGCAACUGUUCCUCCGCCAUCCCAGAAAACAGCGUGGGAAGCACCAGAAGAAGAGAAACCAACGCCUGAGCCAACACCCUCUCCUGCACCUGCACCUGCUGAGCCGGAGCCAGAGCCAGAGAGCAGUGGCAGUGAACUCGACAUCAGUGAUACGGGUGUCAUUGAAGAUGACGAUGUUACACCUCAACAGCCAAUGGGUGAUCCUGACAAAGUGGUGACUGAUGAUAUGAUGGAGGAAGCAUCUGUCAAGAGAAAUGAAGCUAUGGAAGCCCUCAAUAUGGGCAACCCAGACCAAGCUAUCCUGUUGUUCACCGAUGCCAUCAUCUUGAAUCCUAAAUCUGCUGUACUGUUUGCCAAGAGAGCAUGUGCGUACGUGAGAGAACUAAAACCAAAACGAGCUAUCCUUGACUGUGACCAAGCCAUUGAACUGAAUCCAGACUCGGCCAUUCCAUACAAAUGGAGAGGAAAAGCGAACAAAUUGCUUGGCCAAUGGGUAAAUGCGGCCAGGGAUCUCCGCAUGGCAGCUAAACUUGAUUUUGAUGACGAUAUUAACCAACUACUUCAUGAAGUCGAACCAAAGGCCAAGAAGAUUGAACUUCACCUGUUGAAGAAGGAGCGUAAGAAGAAGGAACGCCAAGACAGGGAAAGACGUGAACGCAUCCAGAAAGCAAGAGAAGAGAGGGAGAAGGCUCAGAAGGAAUAUGAACGUCAGCAAGCAGAACAGGAGAGCCAAGGUUUCCCCGGUGGAAUGCCCGGAUUUGGGGGUAUGGGUGGAGGUAUGCCCGGAGGAAUGGGCGGCGGAAUGCCCGGAGGAAUGGGUGGCAUGCCCGGCGGUGGAAUGCCAGGAAUGGGAGGAAUGCCCGGCGGCAUGGGUGGCCUAGGAGACCUGUUGAAUGACCCUGAACUUCUUAUGGCAUUCCAGGACCCUGAAGUGAUGGCUGCAUUCAAGGUCGUCAGCCAGGACCCAUCGAAAAUCAGCGAAUAUGAGAAUAAUCCGAAGGUAAAGCGAGUGAUCGAGAAAAUGACUGCGAAAUUCGGCGCAGCAGGUGCAGGUGGUCCUGGCGAGGGUGGCAUGCCUGGUGGGUCCGGAAGUCCACCGUUCGGAGGACCAGGAGCAGGGGGCAGCUCUUCAUUCACUCCAUCAUCUGCUGAUAUCGAUUAGAGUGUGAUGUCAUCACAUGAAUUCCUGGUCAUUGAGUUCAACCGCAGCUACAAGAUUUUGAAAUCAGCCUCACCUACUGUCAACUCAGUUAUUGUCCUGGAAAUUAGCUAAUGAUGGAGUUAACAGUAUUGUGUUCUUUCAGAUUUCUAUUUCAUUGUAAAUGUAUUGACAUUUACUCAGCUUAUGAAUCAAAUUGUGUGUCGGUGUGCCAGUAGGGUUAUUUGGGAGGGCAUUGCGUAGCAGGUUGUGUAUGUUCUGUUUGAGGCAUGUAAAAUCAAGAUAAAGCGUAUCGGUUGCCAAAUUGGCUAUGGUAUUAUCACCAGUACUGCAGGGGCCUAACUAGAUCUAAAAAACGUUUCAGUGCUCACUCUUGCAGCCAAUACCGAUGCUGUCCUUUCCUUUCCAAAUCAGCAUUCAUUGAGACAUGAUCAAUCUGAACGUUUUGGUGAUUUCAUGGCUGGGUCUCGAGGGGCUUCAGUCUGAUGGUAUAUAGGCUUGGUCCAAAAAGAAAAAACUACCUUUGACUUUUCCCAAGUAAUGUGGAUGACCAAUAUUGUUGACCAUAAAGUGGAGUAUGUGAUGUUCAGGCAGACUGCUGUUGUGUUCAUGAAUUCCUAGCUGCUCCCACAUCAGCAGUGUUUCCUCCUGAAGAACCCUUCUUUUUAGUCAGAACAAAUAUUAUGCAACAGAUACGUCUCAUCUAGCAGUAUUCUUUGCUGGAGAUGUUGUAUGUUAGGAUUAUGUUGAAAUUUAGUUGUUAGGUAUAUUGUAUAAUGUGCUGGCAUUCUAAUUUACAAAUGAAAGUUUACUUUACAAAUUACUGUAGACACCUUUAUUUUCAUAGUGGAUUGGCUCUCUUUAGUUCUGAUGCUUCCUCUCGCAGCACCAUUGACUCCCAGCAAAUCAUUGGACAUGAUCAGAAACACUCUACACAGUGUUGUAUUAUUGCCACAGAAGUUUUCAUUUUAGUUAUCUUAUCGAUGAAAUGUUUCCUUUCCAAUGUUUACUUUGUUGUGCCUUUUAUUUUUGACAUUGGUGUGUCCUUAACUCUCUUGAUUACCAUGUACCAACUGGAACGAUUCUAAAAAGUGGCCAGUCCCGGCUGUCUGUAGUAGAACCUCUCCCUCAAUUCAUAGGUUGUCCAGCUUGCAGUCAUGUCCACAAUAGAGGUGCCGUGCAUCUUCAUGUUAUGAGAAGCCUGAUACCCCUACAGUCAUUUCAAGUGUUUUUGUAGCUUGAGAAUUAAUUGAGUUAAGUACAUCGUGUCCUGUGUAAAAGUGUCACUAAUUGCAUGGUUAUCUUUGACAGUCUGAAUAAAACCAAUCUUCAUUCCAUUAAA